UUACUAGAUUCUACACAGAUUUCUCAAAUCUGAUUAUAAAUUUUUUAAAUAAUCUUUAAUAUAGCUUCCUACAUUACUUCACAAUAUAAAUUAUGCUAUAGCCUAGUCAAAAGUAAAACUGCACAAAAAACGUUGAGAAACCUUAAGAAGAUAUGAGAUAAGGAAUAACCGUACAAAUGCCACGUCAAGUGCCUUAAAAAAAAAAAUGUCAGUAAACACUCAUUUCAGAUAAAUAAAAAUUAUAAUUUAUUGCUCUAACUAUGUCUCUCGAAGUGUUAUGGUUUUAUAUUUUUAUCUGUCUUUUGGCACUUAUAUUUCUGUUUACUUUGAUAAUCUAUGUAAUAUGUAAAAACACAAAUCCUUAUCCAAAAAUGUAUCGAUACGAAGAAGAAAAGUAUUAUUUUGAUAUAAAUACAGGAGAAAAAAAAUUAUUCCCAUCUUUAGAAGAUAAUUGGAGUGUAAAUAUUAGUGUUAUUGUUCCUGCAUACAAUGAAGAAAUAAGAUUACCAACAAUGAUGGAUGAAUGUUUAAAAUAUUUAGAGGAACGUAGAAGAAUAGGUAUUUCGUAUGAGAUAAUUGUAGUCAGUGAUGGAAGUACGGAUAAAACUAUUGAUGUUGCACAAUCUUAUGCAAAGAAAUUUAAUACAGUUCGAGUGUUAGCUUUAAAAAAAAAUAGAGGAAAAGGGGGUGCUGUAAGAUUGGGUAUGCAAAGUGCUAGGGGUAGUGUAUUAUUAUUUGCUGAUGCAGAUGGUGCCACGACAUUCAAUGAUAUAGAAAAAUUAGAUGAAAGCCUAACAAACAUUUUAGGAUUUAACUACAUUACGUCUGCGGCCAAAACUUCCAUCUCCCAUGCCGUGAUAUGCGGCUCACGCGCACAUCUUGAAGAAGAAGAAAAAUCUAAGCGCUCGUUUUUUCGUUUGCUACUCAUGCACGGCUUUCACUUCCUCGUUAAAUUACUGUGUGUGAAAAGCGUUCACGACACGCAAUGUGGUUUCAAAAUGUUAACGCGUGCAUCUGCACGUCUCAUCUUUACAGCACUACAUAUUGAACGCUGGGCUUUUGACGUAGAAAUGUUAUACAUUGCCGAAGCAUUGAAGUUACCUAUAGCCGAGGUCGCAGUUGAAUGGCAAGAGAUCGAUGGCUCAAAAAUCAUUCCUUUCUGGAGCUGGCUACAAAUGGGCAAAGACCUCGCUCUAAUUUCAUUUAGGUAUAAAAUCGGCGCUUGGAAGAUUUUAAAGUCAAAAGACGAUUGAUGCUUUUCUAAUCACAAUUGACUAAAUUGAUAAUUAUAUUUUGAACAUGAACAAAUAUAUAAUUAUAAUUAGCUUUUUAUCGACUAUUGAAUUGUAUGGAAUU